AUGGGAGAUUCUUUGAUGGACGGUGUCACUUCGAUCAUGCUCCUACCUGAUGAUUGCCUCUGUUUUAUUUUCAAUUUUCUUGACUGUAGGACUGACCGUGAAUCAUUUGGCCUAACUUGCCACCGCUGGCUUAAUAUUCAAAACUUGAAUCGUCGGUCCUUACAAUUUCCAUGUUCUUUCGGCAUUGUUGGCCCUUCCUCGUUAUCUCAGAGCUGUACCGAUAUCAACUCAUUCCAUCUUUACAGGAUUCUUGCCCGUUUUCAGCAUUUAGAGUAUUUAUCCCUUUCCGGUUGCGUAGAGAUACUGGAUUCGGCCCUAAGCUACUUGAAACCCUAUGGUUCGAAAUUGCAAACCCUAUGUCUGGACUGUUGUUUUAAAAUCAGCGAUUAUGGGAUUUCCCUAGUUGGUGAUGGUUGUCCCUUCUUGACUACUAUUAGUCUUUACCGAUGCAGCAUUACUGAUACCGGGCUAGAAGCUUUAGCUAAUGCUUGCUUGGCUUUGCGGCAUGUGAAUCUUGCUUAUUGCUCAUGUAUUUCGGACUCUGGGUUGAGAGCUCUUUCUCAAGGAUGCCGUGAACUUCAAGCAGUUAAGAUAUCUAAUUGCCGGGGUGUAACUGGUGUUGGCUUAAGAGGCUGUUCAUCAACUCUUGUCUACAUCGAUGCUGAAUGUUGUAAUCUUGAACCCGUAGGAAUAAUGUCCAUUGUUAGUGGAGGUGGGCUUAAGUUUUUGAACAUCGCCGGUUUAAGUUGCUCAAACUUCAGAAAUGGAUUGGAAGCAAUAGGGAAUGGAUUUGCAGCAAGGCUUAAAAUCCUUAAUCUUCGAAUGUGUAGAAGCGUUACUGAUGCUUCUAUUGUUGCAAUUGCAAAAGGGUGUCCGCAACUUCAGGAGUGGAACCUGGCAUUGUGUCACGAGGUUAGGGUUCUAGGCUGGGCUUCCAUCGGAUCAAACUGCCAUAAUUUAAAGAAACUCCAUGUGAAUCGCUGCCGAAACUUAUGUCAUCAAGGUUUGCAGGCUGUAAGAGAUGGCUGCAAAGAGCUCUCUGUUUUGUACAUGAGCCGGAAUAGCCGGAUAUCAGAUACAGCAUUGGAGUUGUUUAAAUUGUAUAGAUGCAACGUUGAGAUCAAGGCUGAAGAAGUAAUGUCGAUAGGGCCUAAUUGGGACAGCAUAGAUUAUGAUGAGUCAACUUGAGGCACUUUUCAUAUAGCAUGAGACCUUUUCUUAGGUUUACUUUUUAUUUUUAUUGGAAUUGCAUUCGGUUGUAAGACAAGGUCAUUAAAAAGCACCUUACUACCUCACUUGUGUUUGGUCUAUAACAUACUGCCACACUUUUGGUUUUCUUUUGUUUGUAAUCUUCAAUCAUUCUGGUUUUUUUGGAA